AUGCCGUUUUUCAAAAUCUUAAGGAAGGGAACUAAAUUCUUGUGGACAGCGGAAUGCCGAGCGGCAUUUGAAGAUCUCAAAGUGUAUCUAGCAAAGCUACCAACUCUGACCAAGCCGGUCCCGGGAGAAACGUUGUAUCUAUACAUAGCAGUGGGGGAAGACGCAAUCAGCUCUGUGCUUAUCAGAGAGGAGGGAAGUCACCAGAAACCCAUCUACUUCGUCAGCCGAAUCAUCCAGGGUCCUGAGUCGAAUUACACAGAAAUCGAGAAGGCUGCUCUGGCGGUCAUGGUCACGGCAAGAAAGUUGAGACCUUAUUUUCUAUCACACCGGGUAGUGGUGCGCACUGCUCUACCUUUUAGACAAGUGUUGGGGUGGCCAGAUUUGUCGGGAAGAAUGGUCAAAUGGGCUGUGGAGUUGGGGGAAUAUGAUGUGGAGUACGAGUCGAGAACGGCGAUCAAAGCACAAGCUUUAGCGGAUUUCAUACAAGAAACAACUCGCCGUCCUUUGCCAGAGUUUUGGGUUGCUUUCGUGGACGGAUCAGUAACGAAGGAGGGGUGUGGAAUCGGGGUGUACAUCACCUCCCCAGGUUAUGGGACAUAUCAGUUCGCCAUCAAAUUCACCUGCCGGCUGUCCAACAAUGAGGCUGAAUAUGAGGCUGUGGUCAGAGGGGCGCAUAUUCUGUCGGAACUCAAGGCCGAAUGUGUCAUCAUUAAGACAGACUCCCAGUUAGUAGCUCAACAGUUGUCAGGAGCCUAUAAUGUCAAAGAUCAGCGGAUGAAGGCGUAUCAUUGCAAAAUCAGCGAGAUGAAAGAAAAGUUCAUGGAAUUUAAGAUCGAGCAGAUUUCUCGGGACGAGAACACAAAAGUGGACUUAUUGGCACGCAUGGCCAGUGCAGUAGAGCAAACGUGGAAUGACGAGAUCAUUUUACUUUGUGAUACCAGAGAGAUGGGGACUUCACAGGUCUUCUCCGUGGAGAUCAGGGAUGACUGGCGGGCCCCAAUUAUACACUUCCUCAAGACAGGGGAGCGGUUGAACAGAGAAUCUAAUCAGAGGGCCCGAUACGAAAAUUAUUGCUUGCUUAAUGACCAACUCUACAAACGAUCCUUUGUUGGAUUUGUAUACUGA